CUCCGACCAACUCUCCCACUGCUAUAAAUGUCCCUUCAUCCUGCCUCCAUGGGAACACGGACAGUGUCUGCUGCAGCGAUGGAAAUAAAGCCUCUUACGGUGUGUUUGGCUGUCUGUGCUGCACUCUCGACAGUAUGUCAUAGUUGUUCUACAGGAAAGGAGUUCAUCACGACAUUUCUUCCUAACUACCAGGGUCGUUCUAACGGAAAUCUCUAUGUGGUCCUGACUGCUCAGGGCUCUGAAGCCAAUGUUCACAUACAGGUGUCUUCAGUGAAAUUCAACAAGCAGCUGAAACUCUCUGCAGGUGAAACCCUCCAGGUUUCUCUGCCGUGGGAAUCCAAGCUGAAGAAGCCAUGGGUCACUGCCAACUCUGCGGUCCGAAUCUCAUCAAGUGCUGACAUCUCGGUGGUCUCCUUCAACCGUCGCUUCGCCACGGGAGAUGGCGCGGUGGUUUCCCCAACCAAAGAGCUGGGCACUGACUACUUUGUGUUCACACCCUCAGCAGGCAGGACCGGCAUGGACAGUCUAUUUGCUAUUGUUAAUGGCAAUAAACAGAACCGGAUCACCAUCAUACCUGAUGCCAAUGUGGUGCUAAGAGGCAGGGAGAGGUGGUCGCGUGGGAAGGGGGUGACCAUUAUCCUGGCCCCCUACGCAUCCUACCUUGUACGAAGUAAAAACACUUUGACAGGCACACGGAUUCAGUCUCAGCAUCCCGUAGCUGUCUUGGCAGGCCAUCAGUGUCUGUCGCUGGGUGGUAGGUGUGAACACGUGUAUGAACAGCUCCCCACUGUGGCAAGGCUGGGUCAAGAAUACAUGGUACCCAGGACCGGCAGCUGUUGGGCCACAAACUGGGCAGUAAUUGUAGCAGUUGAAGACAACACCCAUGUGACACUGCACAGGGGCCUACGGUCAAGUCAACAGAGGCUGAAGACAGCUGGGGACGUCACCUUAACUAAAAUGAUGUCAAAACAGCCACUGCUUGUCAAGAGCAACAAGAAAAUUAUGGUGUUGCUUCUCAGCAACAACAACCCUCAUGACCCUUUUCUAAUAACGAUGACCCCUACCUCCAAGCUUGCCACCGAUUGGGCGGUGGAGACAGUGGGUGGACUUGUCAACACUAUUGCUAUUCUGUCAGAAACGGAGGGGGCUGGCAGUGUGAAGGUGUGUGUGACUAAGGGACACUGCCUCUCACCUAAGUGGAACACCCUCCUGUCAAAUAAGCAGUGGGUGUGGUCCAAUAUAGUAGUGGGGAAAAAGCAGAAUCAUGUGACCGUGGAAGGGGACGCCCGUAUGGCAGUCUACGCUUACGGUGGGAAACAUCGCCAUGCAUAUGGCAUUGCUGGAGUUUGUUCUGAAGGCGCCCCCCCCACCGAACCACCAACGGAUUCCUGUGAACUGGUGAAAUGUCGUGUAAAGGAACUUUGUGUUAAGGGAGAAUGCGUCCACGUUUCUACGGCAACCUGCCAUGCAGUCGGUGACCCCCACUAUAUGACAUUUGAUGGCCGACGCUUUAACUUCCAGGGAACCUGCACUUACAUUAUGACAACAGUUACAAAGACGGCGCCUGACCUUCCGCCUUUCACCGUGACGACCACGAACAACCACCGCGGUAACACUCGCGUUUCAUACGUGAGGACCGUAACUGUCAGUGUUCACGAUCAAACAAUUAUCAUCGGCAGUCAAAGAGGACAAGUACAGGUGAAUGGAGGUGAACUUCAGUACUUGCCUGUCAGUUUGUUGGGGGGCAAGGUCUCUGUAACGCAGAGUGGAAUCUACGCUGUACUCACCACUGACUUUGGCCUGAAUGUGAAGUAUGACUGGAACAUGAGGCUGUACAUUGUAGUACCAUCUUCCUACUAUCAACACCUCGGAGGCCUCUGUGGAAACUACAACGGAGACAGGAGCGAUGACCUGCCUGAACCAAAAGGCUCCAGUAUCUCUGCUGUGCUGAACAUGAUCCAGAAGUGGAAGACCAAUACGUCCGAUCUGUUCUGUCACGAUAACUGUGCUGGUCACUGUGCCCAUUGUUCGAAGGAGCAGCAGGCCCACUUCAGCCGUCCCAACCUAUGUGGCAUUCUGACAAAGUCAGAUGGGCCAUUUUCAGCCUGCCACAAAAAGGUCGACCCCUCUUCGUACCUGGAGAACUGUGUCUACGAUGUCUGUGUCAAUAAAGGUGCUAAACAGAUUCUCUGUGAAAACCUGAAGAGUUACGCUGAUGCCUGCAUGUCCGAGGAUGUGAAAAUCAACCCCCAGUGGAGAAUGGUUACCAAAUGCUUCCUUUCUUGUCCCAAAGGGAGCCAUUAUGAGGCGUGUGGUUCCGCCUGCCCUGCCUCCUGCUUGUUCCCAGACUUGGUGUGUAAAGCUCUCUGUGUGGAGGGGUGCCAGUGUGAUAAAGGACUGGUGCUAAGUGGAGACAGAUGUGUUCCUCUGCGUAGCUGUGGAUGUCAGUAUCAGGGCAGAUAUUACCCAUCAGACACCACGUUCUGGGGCGAUAACACCUGCACCACCAAGUGUAAAUGCAUUGAAAGGAAAGCCAAGUGCAAUCCAGUCACCUGUAGGAAGACUGAGGUGUGUGCCUUGAAGGGUGGGGUCAGAGGCUGCUACCCAAUAUCCUACGCGACAUGCCGGGGCUCUGGAGACCCCCACUACCAAGGCUUUGACGGACAGCGGUUUGAUUUCCAGGGCACUUGCACCUACACGCUUUCUAAACUCACCACGGUCAAAUCCCAGGACCUGGAGCCAUUCCAAGUGCUGGUCCAAAAUGAGAACAGAGGCCGCAACAAGGCUGUUGCCUACACCAAAUCUGUCUCUCUUACUGUAUUUGGUAACAUCACGGUCAGCAUGAGUCGCGUCAGUGUGGGGAGAAUGCUGGUGAACAGUCAGCCAGUGAACCUGCCUUACUCCACAAAAGACGGCAAGCUCUCCUUGUUCCGGCGUGGCUACUCUGGCUACGUUAAGACAGAUUUUGGUUUGACGCUCAGGUUCAACUGGGACAGCUACGUCACCUUGACUUUGCCCAGUUCAUACUCUUCUGCUACAGGCGGCUUGUGUGGAAAUUACAAUGGAAACCCUGGCGAUGACUUAGUGAAACCUGAUGGCACCCAGGCGAAACACGUGAAUGCCUUUGGAGACAGCUGGAAGGCAGGAGGAGACACUGGCUGCACUAGUGACUGUCCUGGUGGUAAAUGUCCGGAGUGUGAGCCUGCGCUGAUAACACGUUACCAACAGCAGCGCUACUGUGGCCUCAUCGCUGACAAGCUGGGCCCGUUCGGACAGUGUCACAGCAUACUGGACCACACCUCCUUCCUCACAGACUGUGUCUUCGAUUUGUGCGUGUAUCGAGGCCACGCCUCCGCCCUAUGCAACAGCCUAUCAGCUUUCAGCACCUCUUGUCAAGAGGCGGGAGCGAAAGUGGGGAUUUGGAGAACCAAAGAAUUUUGUCCUCCAUUGUGCGGCGCCAACAGUCACUACGAGCUGUGUGGGCCCCCCUGCCCGCUGACCUGCAGCGGCCCGACACCCCCAGCAGGCUGUGACGAGAACGCGCACUGCACAGAAGGCUGCGUGUGCGACGACGGCUUCCUGCUGAGUAACGACAAGUGUGUACCUCUAGCACAGUGUGGGUGUCAGGAGGAAGGACAGUAUUAUCAAACCGGACAGGUGUUCUACCCAGAAGGGUCAUGUGACACCCGUUGUGUGUGUUCAGAAGGUGGACACAUACAGUGUGAUGGCAAAUUCCGCUGUUCGACCAAUGAGAUGUGUGUUGUGAAAGGGGGCGUGGCCUCCUGUUCUCCCAGCGGCGUUGGUUCCUGCUCCGUGAGCGGGGUCAGGAUCGUCAGGUCUUUUGACGGACAGGCAUUUCCUCUGUGGGGGAACUGUUUGUUCCUGUUGGCAGAAGUGGAGGAGGAAGGAGGGAGGGAAGACUUCUCUGUGCACGUGCAGCAGCAAACCAGUAAGGGUGGCGCAGUCUCUCGCAGUGUGGAGCUCAAGGUUUACGAUGUGGAAAUCACCAUGGAGACCGGGGUUGUUUGGGAAAUCAAGGUCGAUGACGUCAGAGUCUCCCUUCCUGUGUCACUGGCUGACGGACAAGUGCGAGCACAUCAAAAUGGCCUCCACAUCAUCAUAGAAACCGACUUUGAUCUGAAGCUGACCUACGACAGUGUUGCGGGAGUGUUCCUACAAAUCCCUUCCACCUAUCGCGGCGCGCCACGCGGUCUCUGCGGCAACUACACCGGAGAGCCAUCUGACGACCAGGCAUCCGCAGCGGCAGCUUGGGUCGUGACGGAGGACGACACUGUGUGUGACACGAGCUGCGGCGCCGGCGCCGGCGCCUGCCCCGUGCCGGAUGAACAGAUGGGCCAUAAGGCUAAAAUGGCCUGUGACAUCAUCAGAGCCCAGGGGGGCCCAUUCGCAGGUUGCCACUCAACAGUGUCCCCAACUGCCGACUACGACGCUUGUGUCAGGGAGAUGUCCACAGGCAAAAUGGGCGCGGACAUCCUGUGUCGUCACAUCCAGAAUUAUGUCACCGCCUGUCAACUUGCUGGCACCAAGAUAAGCAAAUGGAGGAGCGACAGCUUCUGUCCUGUGAGAUGUCCAGCAGGAAGUCACUAUGAGCUGUGCUCCUCCUCCGCCUGCUCCACCUGCUCCUCUCUGCAGGAGUCGGAGCCCUGCCCCGUGUGUCAGGAGGGCUGCCAGUGUGACGACGGCCUCCUGUCUGAUGGAGUCCGCUGUGUUCCCAUAGAGAAAUGUGGCUGCGUGGUGCAUGGACAAUAUUACGGGACGGGGAAAUCUAUAUUACUGGGCGACUGUUCGGAGCGCUGUGUCUGCGAGUCUGGACACUUCAGCUGCAGCUCCACAAGCUGCAAGACGGAUGAGGAGUGUCGCAACAGGGAUGGAACCGUUGGCUGCUACCCCACAGACCCGUGUGCUGAGGUCACGUGCAGGGUGAAGGAGCACUGUGAGGUGUCAGAAGGCCAUGGAGUGUGUGUUCCUGACUCCAAGGCCUUAUGCUGGACCAUCGGCGACCCGCACUACAACACGUUCGACCACUUGAGCUACUCGUUUCAGGGAACCUGCAGCUACGUCCUCGUCAACACCACAGGUCUUGACCCCACCCUGCCAGAGGUAACUGUGAUCACCAAGAAUGAGCUCCGUGGGAACUCUGAAGGCUCCUUUGUGCGUUCAGCCACAGUGGAGAUGCUGGGCCACCUUAUCACCCUCCCAAACAAAGACAGAGGCGUCAUAUUGGUGGAUGGUAUAAAGACGGAGCUUCCUGUCAUUCUUGAUGAAGGCAGCAUCUCCAUAACAGAAUCUGGAAUCAGAGGCAUACUCCAGAGUGAUAUCGGCAUCAAGGUUACUUUUGAUUGGUCCACCCUUCUCAUGGUAUCCAUCAGCAGCAGUUACUAUGGUAACGUCGCCGGGCUCUGUGGAAACUACAACGGCGACAAGGAGGACGAUCUGACAACAGCCAGCGGCCGCCCAGCUGUUAAUGUGACGCAGUGGGCCGGCACAUGGAGCAUCGAAGACAACGACCCAUUCUGUUACCACUACUGUGAGGACACGUGUCCUCAGUGCUCGGCGGAGGACCGCAUCAAGUACACUGGUCCAGAGUACUGCGGGAUCCUGAGUGACAAGAAGGGGCCUUUCUCUGGUUGCCAUGGUAGCGUGCCCUUAGCAGAGGUUCUGUCGGACUGUUUGUAUGACGUCUGCAUCAAUGAAGGACGGCAGGAAGUACUGUGCGAGGCCCUGAGCAGCUACCUGGCAGAGUGCCAGGAGGCUGGAGCAUCUGUGUUGCCAUGGAGACACCUGGGCAACUGCUCUCUCACGUGUCCAGCCCACAGCCAAUACAAUAUGUGCGGCACAGCGUGUCCCGCCACCUGUGGUCCUCAGCCGGAGGUUUGCAUUACGCUCUGUGUGGAAGGCUGUUUCUGUGACCCGGGAUAUGUGCUCAGUGGAAAGGAGUGUGUCAUCAGGGAGACGGGCUGCGGCUGUAAUCACGACGACCGUUACUACCUGCCGGGUGUGACCUUCUGGACCAACUCGCUGUGUGAGGAGAAGUGUGUGUGUGACGCAGCGACCCAAAAGGUGAAAUGCGAGCGGGCCGGCUGUCGAAAUGGAGAGAGGUGUGGCGUCGUGAACGGGGUCCAGGACUGCUACCCAGUCAGCUUUGAGACGUGCAUCGCACACGGAGAUCCGCACUUCAAGACCUUCGAUGGACGCAGGUUCGACUUCCAGGGCAACUGCGUCUACAGGCUGGCCGGUGUGUGUGGAGACGCCACGGGCCUCACGCACUUUGAGGUCAACCUGGAGAAUAACAACCGCGGCAACAAGAGAGUGUCUUAUGCUAAAGUGGUGACUGUUAAUGUAUAUGACAACACGUACACACUGUCAGUGGACUUCCCAGGCCGUGUACUGGUUAACGGGGUUGAAAACUCCCUACCCUUCUCCAAUUCAUCGGUCCAGGUACAGGGGAGAAACAGACUGGCUGUCCUUGAGACCGACUUUCUGAAGGUCUCCUUUGACUUUGCGAGUUCCGUGCGGGUGGAGCUGGCGACUAGUUAUCACAACGCAACCUGCGGUCUCUGUGGGAAGUUCAAUGGCGACCCCGCUGAUGACCUGGCGUUGCCCAAUGGGAAGUCGGCCUCUAGCGCCAAUGACUUUGGAGUGAGCCAGUGGGUGGCGGACGUGGACGGCUGCUCCCAUGACUGUAAAGACUGCGCUCAGCCGCUCCCCCCCAACUUUAAACCACCCGCCUACGCGUCAGUCUGCGAUGUCAUAACAGCAAAGGACGGACCCAUGUCGGACUGCUUACAUCGAGUAGAUGCCAAGCAGUAUCGCGAUGACUGCAUCUACGACAUGGUGCUCAGCGAAGGCGAGCAGCGAGCAGCCUGCGACAUCAUCAGUGGCUACGUGGAGGAGUGUCAGAGGAACGGAGGCUGCGUGAAGUCAUGGCGGACGAGGAGCCUCUGCUGGAUGCAUUGUGCUGCCAACAGUGUGUACAGUGUCACGGCUCCUGGCUGUCCGAUCAGCUGCACCUCUCCAUCUCCACCCGCCAAGUGUGAGAGGCCGCCAAGCGAGGGCUGCGUGUGUAACCCCGGUUACCUUCUGAGUGAGGAUCGCUGCGUGCCACUGGCUGAAUGCGGCUGCAACUUCAACGGCCGGUACGUUGUGUCGGGUCAGAUGUUCUACGCCGACAACGCCUGCCAGCGCUUCUGUGUGUGUCGCGGUGGGAUGGUGGCCUGUAAGGACAAACCCUGCAAAGGAAAGGAAAGCUGUGGAGUGCGAAAGGGAGUGAGGGGUUGCUACAAAGCAGAUUAAAGCAGCAACACACUUCAUAUAUUCACUGUGUUUAUACUAGAAGCUUUUUCUUAUAAUUCUAACGGCUCAUUCAGGUACAAAAAAUACUGAAAAUGUUGUUGUUUUUACAAUUAAAGAUAUAAUUCAACUAUCAAAAAUCUGAUAUUAAAGGUCUCUUCCUAUUGAAACUAAUGCAGGGUGAUAUGGUCAAAAUGUUCUAUGUAUUCAAUAUCUCGCUAACAUUAAUAGUAUGUUUGCUGGUAAUUCUAUAUAUAAUAAUCCAACAAUAAAAUAAUUUCACUAUUUUCUGUUGCUUUUUAGUCUCCCUGCUUACAAUUUAUUCCAGGUCAUAAUGUACUCUGACUGCUUGCUGUCUGUUACUGUUACAACUAAAA